AUGAAAAUGGCGUGGCAACCACAAGAAGAAGGUUUGAGAGAAAUUUUACUAUUAUUAAAAGAAUCGCAAUCGCAUGAUAUUAGAGUACAAAACGCUGUGCAAAAAAAAUUGGAAGAAUUGAAUAAUUUUCCAGAUUUUAAUAAUUAUUUAAUAUUUGUGCUUACUAAACUAACACAUGAAGAUGAACCCACUAGAUCCCUUAGCGGUCUUAUUCUUAAAAACAACAUCAAAGUGCAUUAUGACAGAUUAUUCCCAGAGGUAAUAAACUUUAUUAAACAAGAAUGUUUAUCUGCUAUCGGAGAUGAUUCGCCACUUCUUCGUGCAACAGUUGGCAUACUGAUCACAACAAUAGCUUCAAAAGGUAAUUUGUCAGCAUGGCCAGAGUUGUUGCCUACAUUAAGCAACAUGAUAGAUUCUCAAAAUUAUAAUACCUGUGAAGGUGCCUUUGGAGCACUUCAAAAAAUUUGUGAAGAUUCCGCUGAAUUACUCGACAAUGAUACUUGGAACAAACCUCUUUUAUUACUCAUACCAAAGUUAAUACAGUUUUUUAAACAUAACAGUUCAAAAAUUAGAUCCCAUGCAGUUGCCUGUGUAAAUCAGUUUAUGAUUUCCAAAACUCAGGUUUUAAAUCCUCAUAUUGAUACCUUACUUGAAAAUCUUUUCCUUUUGACAACGGAUGAGGAUGUAGAAGUUAGAAGAAAUUUGUGUAAAGCUUUAGUAACUCUUUUGGAUGUUAGAAUGGAUAGAUUACUUCCCCAUCUUCAUGAAAUAGUUGUCUAUAUGGUGAGGAGCACGCAAGAUCAAGAUGAAAAUGUCGCUGUAGAAGCCUGUGAAUUUUGGCUUUCACUGGCUGAUAAAUCAGUUUGUAGGGAAGUUUUAGCACCUCACCUUCACACUCUUGUGCCAAUUUUAGUUAGAGGAAUGAAAUACAGUGAAAUUGAUGUUAUUUUGUUAAAGGGUGAUGUAGAAGAAGAUGAAAUGAUACCCGAUAGAGAUGAAGAUAUAAAACCGAGAUUUCAUAAAAGUAAAAUUCACACAAAUGAACAUACUGCAGAUGGUGACGGAGAUGGAGAAGACGAUGAUGGUUUAGAUGAUGAUGAUAGUUCUAUAUCUGAUUGGAAUCUUCGAAAAUGUAGUGCUGCAGCUUUAGAUGUUCUAGCAGGAGUAUUUAGGGAAGAGUUGCUUCCUGUUUUAAUACCUAUUUUAAAAGAAACCUUAUUUCACCAAGACUGGAAAAUUAAAGAAUCCGGAAUAUUGGCUUUAGGAGCAAUAGCGGAAGGUUGCGUCAACGGAAUUAUUCCUCAUCUACCUGAACUAGUUCCAUAUUUAAUAAACUGUUUGUCCGAUUCUAAAGCAUUGGUUAGGGCUAUAACUUGUUGGACAUUAAGCCGAUACUCACAUUGGGUUGUUAGUCAGCCGCACGAUAGUUACCUUAAGCCGUUAAUGAGAGAGCUUCUUAAAAGAGUCUUAGAUUCUAACAAAAGAGUGCAAGAAGCUGCUUGUUCAGCGUUUGCCACACUCGAGGAAGAAGCUUGUACAGAAUUAGUACCCUAUUUAGGUUAUAUUCUCGAAACUCUGGUUUUCGCUUUUAGUAAAUAUCAGCAUAAAAAUUUACUAAUUCUAUAUGACGCAAUUGGCACAUUGGCCGAUUCAGUUGGUCAUCAUUUAAAUAAACCUGAUUACAUUAACUUGUUAAUGCCACCUCUAAUAAACAAAUGGAAUAUGCUAAAAGACGAAGACAAAGGUUUAUUUCCGCUCUUGGAAUGUUUGUCUAGUGUGGCUACUGCUCUUCAAUCGGGUUUUCUCCCCUAUUGCGAACCUGUUUACAGGCGAUGCGUUUCUCUCGUUGAACAAACGUUAAAUCAACAUAUAGCAAGUAUCCAACAUCCGGAUCAAUUUGAACCACCCGACAAAGACUUCAUGAUAGUUGCUUUGGAUUUGUUAAGUGGAUUAGCGGAGGGAUUACACGGCCACAUUGAAAAGCUCGUAAUGAAUUCGAAUAUUAUGCAUUUAUUGUAUCAAUGUAUGCAGGAUCCCAUGCCAGAAGUUCGACAAAGUUCUUUUGCUCUCCUCGGCGAUUUAACAAAGGCGUGCUUUCAGCACGUGCAUCCGUGUAUAGGUAACUUUUUACCAAUUUUGGGUCAAAAUUUAGAUCCGAUACAUAUCUCUGUAUGUAAUAAUGCAACAUGGGCUAUAGGAGAAAUUUCUAUAAAACUGGGAUCUGAAACUCAGCCCUACAUUCCUCUCGUUCUUCAUCAGUUAAUAUUGAUAAUAAAUAAACCGGACACUCCGAAAACCCUUUUAGAAAAUACAGCGAUAACCAUUGGCCGCCUAGGUUAUGUGUGCCCGGUUGAAGUGGCUCCACACUUGCAGCAAUUUGUGAGACAGUGCGUGUCGCUUCGAAAUAUCAGGGAUAACGAUGAAAAGGACAGUGCUUUUCGUGGAAUGUGUCAAAUGAUUCAAGUGAAUCCCGCGGGCGUUGUUCCAGAAUUUAUUUUUUUUUGCGAUGCCGUAGCUAGUUGGAUGAAUCCCAAACCGGAUUUAAAAGAAAUGUUUAGCAAGAUAUUGCACGGUUUUCGAAUACAAGUCGGCGAAGAAAAUUGGAAACGCUUUUCUGAUCAAUUUCCUACUCAACUUCAAGAAAAGCUGUCGGGAAUGUACGGAGUUUGA